AUGAUAUCAUCCAUGGCAGUCAACAUCAACAGAAUGGUGACCGAUCGGCCGAUAACCAGGUACGCGCGCGUAUCCGAAAAAUUAUUUAAUUAUUUACUUGCUCCGUACUCAUCAUCGCUGCUCGUCGGCGAAUAAAGUCGCCGUUAACCGGUCGUUUCAUUAGUAAAAUCUCCGGUGAAAAUAUAUCGCGGCUGCGAGAUUUCAUUCGGAUUAUAAUAGUUCGCGUUCCCUAUAAUACGCGACGUUAAUCGCUGACGAGCGGCGAGUAUAAAUUCGGCCGUUCUGUAACCAAACUAUACGCGUAUACGGUUAAAACUAGACAACCGACUGUAUUUUUAUUCCUGUUGUUUGAAUUUCCGUUUUCCACUUGCGAUUCCCGGGUUGGGGGAAGAGGGGAGAGGGAUAUUGGGGGCACUGAAUUACAUACUCUUACUGUGUUUUAUCAUUAAAUUCGGUUGUCGUAAAAUAAUCCACCGGCAUAAUACGAUAUUUGUCACCGGCAAGUCCGUUGCCCGUAAACCUAAUAUCACCACUCUUGUUCAAAAGUUCGAUGGUAUUAUAAUAACGAUAUUUUUAGUGUGUUAGAAAUGAUUGUAAGAGUUUUGAAUUUAAUUACAGAACAAUUUUGCAAAACACGACGACAUCGGAUUUGGCAGAAAAGGACACCGCAGUUGUCAAGGUCAAAGUUUCCGAAAUCCCCCCGGUGGUGGAUGGUGUGGGGGAUCUGACGGUCGGCGACCAAGACCACUCGUUGUGCCAUAACUCCGAGUCCUCUGAAAAUGACUAUAUAUUUCUGCAAGAAGACGUUGUUGACGUUGCUAAGGAAAACGUGUUGGACGUCCACGAGUUUAUUGUACAGGAAGAUCUCGGUGCCAGUAACGUCGAGUACUGUUUUCUACAAGACGACAUGGUUGUAAGUACAAAUUAUUAUCGUUUUAAAUCGCCGAAACAUGACUAAUCGUUUAAAAUAACUGUGGAAUUUUAUUUCAGAACCCUGCGUUUGUUGAGGUAUCCAGUCGGAAGUAUUUGACCUCCAACGGUAAGUAAAAUAUCAUACAUAUAAUUUAUUGCGUUGAAAUAAUAUGUAAUUCGGUAAUAAUUCAAUUCUUAUAAAAAUAUAUAGUACAACCACCGAGACUACGUAAUUUUUCUGUAACUUAUUAAUUUGAAAAAAAAAAAACACACACACACACGCAUUUGGUUAUAAUCCAUUUGAAUGCACUAUAUUAUUUCAGCAAAACGAACAAACUUUAACAGAGUAGAAGCUCGAAAGUACACCGCGGACGUCAAACGGUUCUGCGGAGAUUGUACCGAGGUAAAUUAUACUUGAAUACACUUGUAGAUCGCGUAAUUACAAUACUCGCGACGAAAUGUGUUUGAUAAAAAUUUGUUUUAUUUUUGUUUUCGGUAAGACCACGGACUCGGAGCUGAAUCGGAUUAGAAAGUAUUGGGUUCAGCGAUAUCUCCUUUAUACGCGGUUUGACGCCGGUAUACUGUUGGAUCACGGUACCUAUAUUCGCCGUCUAAUAAUAAUUGAUCGCGUUCCGUGUCUCGUUCGUUUAAUAUUAUUAUUCGUUUAACGUUUCAUUGUUUUACAGAAAGCUUCUAUUCCGUUUGCCCUGANAGACGUAGUCGUCACGUCGCCCCCGUGGGGCGGCCCUGAGUACCUCAGCCGGGAUGUGUACAGUCCGUCAAUCCCGUGCGAGGCUCACGGGGGCGGCGAAGCCAUCGUUCUUAUUGCAAGAGCGAUGGCGCCGAAGCUGGCACUACAUCUUCCGCGAACGGUCGACAAGUCCGAGGUCGGUAUACUGUUUGUCUUAAAUUAUUUGUAUAAUAUUAUGUGCAAUUCGUUUUUCUAAAUCGAGACAAUAAGACGGUUCGUGUAUUUGUUUUCAGUGCGUGGCGAUCGCUAAGAAACUGUGCUACACGAGGAUCAAAUUCGAGGAUAAUUAUAUUUGUGAUCGGCACAAUUCGACUACAGUGUUUUUCAGUUAUUGA